AUGCUUGCAUCGUCGUCGGAUCUGCCUAAGCUGAUCGUGGCGAGACUACGGACUGCAGAAGGCCCAGUGUCGCUCAAUGAACUCAAGAAGGCCUUCGCAAGUGCUGAUGAACCGGAGGAUGCUGUAGCAAAUGCGAUCAACAAACUUUUAUCAGAUGGCGAAAUCAAGCACAGAAAUAUAACUGGCGCAACAGAAUCCUCGCCGGAUGUGGAUAUAUAUUGGAUACCCAUUACUUGUGAACAUGCUUCUAUACAACCUCCUUCUCAUUCGACACCGCGAAAGAGCCAACCCACCGCUACUCCGCGAACGCCUGAAGUUGACAUAGUUCAGCAGGCCGCAUAUAAGGAAACACUAAAGACGGAUGUUGCCAAUCUACGUCAGAGGAUAGCUGAACUAACGGAGGAAGGGCGAUCGUUAGAAAGUGCUUUAAGACCUGGCGUAGAUGUUGAGGAAAUGCUCAAUUCUCAUAUCAAGCUUUUGCAUGAGUACAACGAAAUCAAGGAUGUGGGUCAAAUGCUUAUAGGAAAGUGUGCAGAACAAAAUGGUACGACAACACGUAGCAUGUAUGGAGAAUUUGGCCUAGACCCAGACGAUUGAGUGUUUCGGAACGGGUACAUAGCGACAUGCCUAUCUGACAAGCCUAUAUUAUAUAUUCUUUGUACAUGCAAAAAUAUUCAUUGUUUAUCGUAGUCAA